AUGUCGACCUGGCAGGGCCUAGUGGAUCUCAUUUUCAGCUGGGGAAUCCUAUUGCUCACGGAGCUUCUGCCGGCACCAUUCUCAGAACUUGCUUUCCUCAACAGGCUGCUUAGCGUUCUAGUCCAUUUUACCGCAAACCUUUCUCCAUCCGUUUGGAUACACCUGAUCAUUGUAGCAGAGGAUGAACCAUUUAAUGAGCCCCGCUGCCUCUGGCCCCCGAACCUUGUAAGAAACUGCCUCCUCAUGCUCCGACUUUGCACCUGUUUCAUCCGCGCCUUCGAUACUGGCCGCAAUGCAGUUAAUUCACCUCUCAUCUCCGGCAUGGCUGAAGCUAACGCAAACGAGAACCAGCUAGUUUCGGGCUCCAAACAUCACUCUUUUCUCGGGUUUGGGCUUAUCUCCAGUCUGCUCCAAGUGACCUGCCAACUUGUCAAACUGCUGUUAGAGGCCCGGAAAAUCAAGCUCCUAGAAACUGACAAGCCUGCUAUUUCACGAGAUCUGUAUCGGGAACUAGAAGCUUGGCUUUCAGAUACCGCCGCCUGGAUGCCUCUGCUGACCUACAGACAGGCUGAGCUCGACUAA